CGGCAGGCAGCUCAGGAACAGCAGCUGAGACCGGUGGCAGUUAUAUCAAGGAAGCAUUGGGACUUGUGGCUGCACUGUUCCAGAAUUUAAAAAUUAGAAAAUGGAGCAAUCAUGUGAUGAAGAAAAAGAGCCUGAACCACAAAAGAACAUAAAAGAAACCAAACAAGUAGAUGACAAAGACGCCGAGCUCAUCUUUGUUGGUGUGGAACAUGUAAAUGAAGAUGCUGAGCUAAUCUUUGUUGGGGUGACUUCAAAUUCAAAACCAGUCGUUUCAAACAUUUUGAACAGAGUCACCCCGGGUUCAUGGUCAAGGAGAAGAAAGUAUGGUCACCUUAGAAAAGAUACUGCUCACAAAUUGCAGCCUACAAGUCAUGAGACCCUUACAUCAGAAGCAGUGACUAUCUUGCCGGCUUCCCAACUUGAAUCAAGAUCGGCAGAUAGUCCUAUUAUUAUUGAGCCUUUGUCUAAACCUGAUUAUAAAAAUAGUUCACCACAAGUUGUGCCUAAUAGCUCUUCAGAACUACCUUCUCCUUUGAUUACAUUCACAGGUUCAUUGCAUCAUCCAGUAAGUGCAGCACUUUCAGUAGGAGGUAUAAAUGAAAAUCCUUGUGUAUCAAAGCGACUUUCCACUUCUGAAGUAAACAGCAUAAAUCACAAAAGGUCUAAACUCAGGGAUGGAAUUAUGGAAGGAUAUUCUUCAGCUUCAUCCCCUUCAGAUACCUUUCAUACAGUGAAUACAGUAAGUACUCAGCAAAGUACACCCUCAAACAAUGUGCAUACCUCAUUAAGCCAUGUUCCGAAUGGAGCACCUUUUCCAGAAGCUUUUCCAAAGGACAAUAUCCAUUUCAAGCCUAUAAAUAUAAAUCUUGAUAGGGAAAAUGAAUUGGCAAAAACAGACAUUUUGAGUCUAGCAAGUCAAAACAAGACCCUUGAUCCCAAGAAAGAAAAUCCGGUCAUGUUACUUAGUGACUUUUACUAUGGACAGCAUAAAGGAGAUGGGCAACCAGAACAGAAGACUCACACCACCUUUAAAUGCCUCAGUUGCUUGAAAGUUCUGAAAAAUGUUAAGUUUAUGAAUCACGUGAAGCAUCAUUUGGAAUUUGAGAAGCAGAGGAAUGACAGCUGGGAAAACCACACCACCUGCCAGCACUGCCAACGGCAGUUUCCCACUCCCUUUCAGCUCCAGUGUCAUAUCGAAAUUGUCCACACUGCCCAGGAGCCCUCUACUGUCUGUAAGAUCUGUGAAUUGUCAUUUGAAACAGAUCAAGUCCUUUUACAACACAUGAAGGACCAUCAUAAGCCUGGCGAAAUGCCCUACGUGUGCCACGUUUGCCAUUACAGAUCGUCGUUCUUUGCUGAUGUGGAAACACAUUUUAGAACAUGCCAUGAAAACACAAAGAAUUUGCUUUGUCCCUUUUGUCUCAAAAUUUUCAAAACUGCAACACCAUACAUGUGUCAUUAUAGGGGCCAUUGGGGAAAGAAUGUACAUCAGUGUUCUAAGUGCCGACUACAGUUUUUAACUUUCAAGGAGAAAAUGGAGCACAAGACCCAGUGUCAUCAAACGUUUAAGAAGCCUAAACAACUAGAAGGAUUACCUCCUGAAACAAAAGUUAUUAUUCAAGUGUCGCUGGAACCUCUUCAACCAGGAUCAGUGGAAGUAGCACCCAUAACUGUGAGCACAUCUGACUCCGAACCAUCACUCCCCACUUCUAAAAGCAAAAUUUCAAAAAAGUUUCAUUAAUUCUG